AUGGCGGAAGGUAGUGCUCUGCCGGACAGCGAUAAAUCUGUUUCACUGUUGCUGCUGGGGGACUCAGCAUGUGGCAAAUCAACAUUCCUAGCUCGCCUCAAGAACGGAGGUUCAUCGAUAUCAACUCAACCGGGCAGUAGCCCUGACACUAUCGUAUCAUUACGAGACGAAGACCAGCCUUUCAUUUAUGACAUUCGCUUCUCGAAAAAGAAGUUCACAUUAGAGCUGUACGACACGGCAAAUCCAAACCGGCAUUGGUCAAGUCUACGGCCUGAUGUUGUUGUUUUGGCAUAUGAUAUCUCAAAUCGAAGUACACUCGAUGGACUCAAAGCGUGGCGAAACGAUAUCACUCGGUACUUUCAGUACGGCCAUGGCGAGCGUCUACCUGUCAUGAUGCUGGGCUUGAAGAGAGACCUGAGGAGGGAGGGCGAAGGCAUCAUAUAUCCCCAAGAGGGCUACCGUAUUGCACAGGAGCUUCGGUGUGAUAGGUAUGCGGAAUGUUCGGCCGUCACCGGUGAAUUGCUUGCAGAGACAUUUGAAGAUUUGGCCAGACUGGCGGCCAUGACAACCACCGAAGAGGGUGGGCAGAGUGCUGGCACUUCUUGUGUGAUUCUCUAA